GAAUAACAGAAGAGACCAGAGGUUACGAAAGGAGGACCUGGUUAAAAAUUAAAAGUCAACACCUCUGGAAUAAAGUAAUAGAGACUUGAUCGUCCCUAGUUCAGGAAAUAUCUGUCAGUGACAGUUCUCAGAACAGAAACCUGCUGUUURUCUUCGGACAGCAAAGUCUUUCUACAUGUUCUUAGUAUGCGUGAGGAAAUAAUUGGGAAUAAAUCAUGAGGCAUAUAUUCUUCAAGUCUACUUCAAACCGCAUCUUACUGAGUUUCAUCUUCACUCUGUUUUUGGUUGUAACAAACUGCAAAACAGCACCACCAGGGCUGACAACACCGAUGGAUGGUAGUUCAUCGCCAACAUCAACACCAACACCAACACCAGCAGAAUCAACAACAACACAACCAUCUCCUCUGCCUAAUGUUGGACAUGUAGAAGUGGUGACACAGGAUGAAACAAGCAUAACUCUGAGGUGGAACAAAGCUGAUGGAUUCUCAACAUACAUUCUGCUGAAUAAAAACAAUAACAGUAUGGAGAAUAUUGAUUCUGAAGAGACACCAGUAACACAUAAGGUCUCAGGUCUGACCUCUGGGACUGAAUACAGUUUUACUCUCUUCACUGUGAACCAAAACCUCAACAGCUCUGGAUACACUUUUUCUGCUGUGACAGCUCCUCUGAACACUGAAGUUUUCAAACCAGUUGAACAAAAUGAGACCAGUAUAACACUGCAGUGGAAAAAAGUGGACGGCAUCAGCAGUUACAUUAUUUUCUCGGAUGAAAACACGAUCAAUGAAACUUUAUCAGCAGAUAAUGAAAGAUACACAGCAUCAAAUCUAAAAAGUGCUGAAAGAUACAAUUUUAGUCUCUUCACUGUGUUUGAAUAUGCUAAAAGCAGUGGGAAUAACAUCACUGCAGUUACUGCUCCUCUGAACACUGAAGUUUUCAAACCAGUUGAACAAAAUGAGACCAGUAUAACUCUGCAGUGGAAACAUGUGAACAGCAUCAGCAGUUACAUUAUUUUCUCAGCUGAAAUUGGGAUCAAUGAAACUUUAUCAGCAGAUAAUGAAAGAUACACAGUGUCAGAUCUAAAAAGUGCUGAAAGAUACAAUUUCAGUCUCUUCACUGUGUUUGAAUAUGCUAAAAGCAGUGGGAAUGACAUCACUGCAGUUACUGCUCCCUACAACCCUGCAAAUUCCGAAGCAGUUCACCAAAAUGAGACCAGUAUACUUCUGCAGUGGAGCCGAGUAAACAACACCCACAGUUAUAUCUUUUCAUUCAACAAUAAUGAGACAAACAUUACCUCAUUGAACGAAACCAUACAGCACAGAGUCUCACAUCUGGAAAGUGGCACUUUGUAUGAAUUCAAAGUUUUCGCUCUAUUUGACGAUGUUAGAAGCAAAGAGACUAAUUUUCUUGCAGCUACUGUUCCUCCAAAUGUGUCUUCAGUCAGUGUUACAGAGCGCUCUCUGAACAAUGCAGUUUUAAAGUGGGAGAAACCAACAAAAAAUUGGGCGUACAACCUUACAGCUAAUGGCACUGGUGUAUCGAUUACACCGAUGGAUCGAGGAGAUUCUGUGUCAUACAGCGUGUCAAACCUCCUACCUGGAACUCUGUAUACAUUCAGUGUGAUCACAACGUUCUCUGGACUCAAAAGCACUCCUUAUAAUGGUUCCUUCACAACAAAAAUAAACUGUGAGAGUGUAACAUGGAAGGUCACCAACAAAUCAAUCCAAGGAACAGUUGAAGGCUUGUUCUCAAAUGCAUCUGCCUCUUAUAAUGCCAACAUUCACUACAGUUCUGCAGACAAAAAUGUGUUAUUUACUGGUCUCUAUCCUGGUGCAACUUAUGAGAUAAAUCUUAUGUAUGAAAAUCUUCAGCAGUGUGUAAACAACCCCAAAGUGACAAUUAUUCCUCCUUUGUUAAGUGGUCACUGUGAAUACUUGGAUUCUGGUUAUUCUGCUCUUAUAAGAUGGAUUGAAACAGCUGGUGUGUGGACGCAUGUCAUGGUUAACAUAAGCAACCAGUUUAAAAUAAUUCAUGGAGGAGAGUUGGACGUUGUCAUAAACGAGCUUCAACCUGCCAAAACAUACAAAGUGUCUUUAGUUUCAGUGUCUGGGGACAGACAUUCUUAUCCAUUUUUUUUCAACUGCAAAACUGAUGACAGAGGAGUCAUUGCAGGUUUAGUGAUGGGUAUUCUGAUUUUUCUUAUUCUUGUCUGUGUGGCUGUUUUCCUUUUCCUUAAAAGACCAGAUAUUAUCAGCAGAAAAAAAAAGUUCAUUGCUGGAUCAAGAAAGGCUGGGACAAAAGGGAAGCCUAUUUCUAUCACUAAAUUUCCAGAUCACUUCCAUCAGUUGAGUUUGGAUGAAAACAGAGGUUUCAGUCAGGAGUAUGAGGAUCUGGCUCCUGUUGGCACAGAUCAGACACACAAGGCAGCGACUCUUCCAGAAAACAAAGCGAAGAAUCGAUUCACCAACAUUCUGCCCUACGACUGGUGUCGGGUGAAACUAUCUACAUCAAGUCCCAAUGAGGUCUUAGACUACAUAAAUGCCAGUUACUUACCAGGCUACACCAGGAACAGAGAGUAUAUUGCCUGUCAGGGUCCACUGCCCUCCACAGUCAGGGAUUUCUGGAGAAUGAUUUGGGAGCAAAAAAUUAAAAGAAUUGUCAUGGUGACCAACUGCACUGAAGGAGGACGGAUCAAGUGUGAACGUUACUGGCCUGAAGAGCUGAAGCAGUCGUGCCUUUAUGGAGAACUGUUGGUCACUUUAAUAUCUGAAAGGAAGGUGUCCAACUGGACACUAGGGGAGUUUAGAGUAAAAAAUAAAAGUAACUCUGAGGAACGCACAGUAAAACAUUUCCAUUUCACUGCCUGGCCUGACCACGGAGUCCCUCAGUGCACYGAAGUCCUGAUCCAGUUCCGAGGUCUGGUGAGGCAGCACAUAGAGAGUGACGGGACUAAAGCUCCAACUGUGGUUCAUUGCAGUGCCGGAGUGGGGAGGACAGGUACUUUCAUUGCCCUGGAUGUGAUGCUCCAGCAGCUAGAGAAAGAAGGAGCCGUCAGCAUCAACGACUUUGUCCGCAGGAUGAGACAGCAUCGAUCGCACAUGGUGCAAGCUGAGUCCCAGUACAUUUUCCUCCACCAAUGCAUCAUGGACAGCCUGACGCACAACGAGAAGCAGGAAGAAAACAUUUACGAGAACGCAGAAAUGAUUUAUGAAAAUGCCACUGCCCUCAGAGAACUCCACAACCACAAGUCUGACCCAUAAACGAGUGUCUGGCCUGCACUGUCCUUUUGCACUUAUUGACUGAUUCCUGUGUCAAGCUGUCUAGUUAUAUAUAGAAUUUCAGAUACAUUAACAUAUUUCAUUUUCACUGUACAUGAAUGUUCUUUUUGAUAUUUUUAUUUUGCAUUAUGUUCUUCUCAUCUGACAAGUGUGUACCAUUACUAAUACAAA